AUGAAUUCAAUUCUUCCCAAGACAAUCGAUGAAUUUGGGAGUUCGGAUUACUGGAACAACUUUUUUGCCCAACGCAGUACCACUUUCGAAUGGUAUGGUGACUUCUUCACGCUUGCUGAAAUCUUUAUUCAAAAUAUCAAAAAGUCUGACUCUGUAUUGGAGGUUGGCUGUGGUAACUCCGUCCUUUCCGCUGACAUCUACGAUAAAGUUGGCUGCGCCACAUAUCUUGGUAUAGAUUAUAGCCAAGAAGCAAUUGAACAAUCUCAACAUCUCGUCUCUCCUUCUCGGCCAAAUCUGAGAUUUGAAUUAGCAGAUGUUUUCACACUCAGUUCUGAUCUAAAUCGGCUUGGACUUACCAAUAAGGAGUUUAACUGUGUCGUCGAUAAAGGCACAUUUGAUGCCAUUGACAAUGGACAAGCGAAUGUAGAUGUCAACCAGUAUUUUGGCGAAAUCGCUUCCACUCUUUCUCUUUUCGGGCGGUAUAUUUUGAUCACGUUGGCCCAAGAUCAUGUUGUCAAGCAUAUUGCUGACUACUUUCUAGACAGGGAUAGUCAGUGGAUUGUAAGCUGCUAUCAAGUGACAAAUCCAGAAGAGCGGUCUGCUGAUUCCACUUCCCUUCCGCUAUUCACUUUUGUCAUGACUAAAAUGAGGCCAUCUUCUGUUCUACCGCAACUUCGACUAAAGACUUAUGGUGACGAUCAGCCCUGUUGCUGUAUUCAGGAAGAUUUGAAGCAACGUCUCGCAGACUGGAUCAAGUAUCAUCAAAUUUCAUGUAUACUGAGUCAAAGCCAAACUAAGUCAAAAUGCGGUCGGGAAUUUGAAAUCAUCCACUCCAAAAGUGGAGUUGUUAUAUUCGUGUGCAGAAUAGCGUUUGCCGACUCAGUAACAGGCCCCACUUCUGGGAUGAAACACCACCCUAAGGCCGUGUUUCUGGUACCCCAGGUAGACGCAGAGGCUUACGUUCCUCCUGAGGCUGCACAGCCACUGCUGGAAAGCAUGGGUCAUCUCAAAUGCGCUCUCUUAGCCUUCCCCCAUCCCGCUCUUCGCUUCAUCUCUCUCGAAGCGGCCAAAGCUUCCCUUUCCGAUGGGCUUGUUGCCUCACCCCUUGCCGCUGCCGUUCGCAAUAUCUACAGAUUCAUCAGCGACGAGGUGUUCUCAGAGCCGUCGUCGAUUCUCCUCCUUGUUUGGAUUAACGUAUCUCGUCGGUUUGCUGGUGUUUUGGGUCAGGAUGGUGCCAAAUUUAUCUAUUACGGGGUACCCCCUUGCUUACACAAGGCUGUUAUGGAGUUUCUGCAUGUACAUAUUUUGGCAGAUGAUUUGAAAACUCUCAUUCAGGAGCUCUAUCCGGCUGUUCACUUUCAGGUUGAAUUAAAUGAGGGAUGUGCAUUCAUGUGCUACGAUCAACCUAGUGAAUCAUCCGAAGAAAGUUUGCUAGAAUUCCUUCAUGCGGCGGAAAAAUCUCUUAUUCCUCAAGGCAUCUGUUGCAUUCUCUCUCGAUCAACACCCAUCAACAACACACCGACCCUUGAUCGGGUGAGCCAAAUAGAACAGAAUUGCGGACCUUCACUAAAGUUACUUCUUACGCAAGACUGCGGUGCUGCUAGUAUUUAUGUAAUUUACAAGAAGAAGCACAAAGUAUCGAAGUCGAAAUUUGCGGCUCGACUUCAUCACAUCGCUCAAGAUGAAUCGACAGUGGAAAGUGCCAUACCCCUCAGCAACAAGUUAAGGGGCGUAGAGGGUUGGCUGGUUGCAGAGUACAAUUUGAUUUUUGAGAUAUUCAGCAAGUGA